AUGACGUCCAAGCCUGACCAAUCGCCACCUUCCACUCCGGCAGCAGUCGAGGAAGAUCCCAACGUCCUACUCGAUGCGUUGGCCGCACAAGAUGCCGCAAAUUCUACCACUGCUCGAGCUCUGUUUGAUGGCGACAUUGUCAUUAAGCGACAACCUCCACGUGACUGGGAGUACGUUCCAGCCUUUGGAACGGUCAUGAAGCAACCAGCGUGUCCCAACGUGGAGGGAAAUCAGCCCAAAACGUACAACGUGCGCUGGGAGUUAAACAAUUUAGUGGAACGCGUGCGCCCCGGACAAGUCAGCGUCGUUGAUCGUUUUGUUAUGCGGAACACAAAGGUUGAAAAUGAUCAAGGGGUCGUUGGAACGGUGCGAGAUUGGAAUGUGAGGACCUCGGUGCAAAUCAUUGGGACGAAUCAUGUCGUUGAGAAGGUCGGGUUGGAUAGGUUGCGCCCAAUUACGUCUUUCAUUCGAGGACAAGAAAUUUUGUACAAAGACUGGGUCGGUGUCAUUACCAUUGUGAAACGCAACAUUUGGUUCCAACUGGAUGGAGGAAUGGGAUUUUAUGUCGUCGUGACGGAGAGGGACGGCUUCAUGAGAGCUGAUCCCUACUGGGGCGUGGGAAUGCCCUGUCCUGGAAUUCGGACCAAACUGAAUGCUUCCGUGAUCCGAAAGGCGAAAUGGGUUUCCGGUCCGAUGCAAUUUUUUAGCAAGUUGCUGCCACCAUUGAAUUACCUUUACUCUUUUGCGAACGUUACGCUCAACAAAUCUGAGGUCACCGAAGUUGAAGUAAAUUGGCUCCGCGUUGCUCCAAAUGCACCAAAUUCUGCCCCCAAACCGGUAGGAACCUUGGAUCGUGAAAUGUUACGAUAUGUAACCGUUAUAGGAAUUCCAAGCUCUGAGACUGUCGGGAUCAACAGCGUCCGCAUGCUCAAACUAAGACCGGAAGACUACCUCACGACGUACCAAUCUUGGUUGAGUGCAUACCGCAAAAAGUUUAUCGAUGGGGUUGACGGGGCAGAACCUAUCAUAUCGCCAAUCACGAUGGCCGCACCACUUCGGACUUUAGCUACCGAACGAGUGUACGAAGUUCCAGUGAAAAUCCUCUCUCGUACCACCAUGGUUGAAGUGGAAUGGAGCGAUGGCACCCGUGACAAAUCACAUUCCGUUAAAAUUCCUAAACUCCUGCAUCGCCGAGAUGACACCGAGUUUCCGGGAGGUAUGCUCGUCAGUCCGAUGUACUCGCCUUAUCAAGCGUCCGACCUGUAUGGUGUCAUUUUGGACAGUGAAGAAUUCGUCACCACUCAAGCAAGGAAAGUCAAUGUAAUGUGGAUUCUGAACGGAAAUCCGAUGGAAGUCAGGGCCGAGUCAAUCUUCAACUUGCGACCACACUCCCUUUACUCAAUGUAUGAGAGGGGAACGAUUGUAUUUCCCAGAGUGAAAGGUACCACCAAAUUCAAAACCGCCGUUGUCACCGAUCUGAACAUCGCCUCGGGAAAACUCGUCCUCACGGUGACCGCGGAUCACUCCCAGCACGAGGUUUAUCCUCACCUCGUCACACCUCUGGAGUGUCGCUGCUUCUGGAAUUUCUUUACACGACAGUGGUCAAUCGAUGAGAUUGUUGUACCUCCUUACCAACUCGUGACAGAGUAUGGCCCCACCUACGUCGACGUGGCGGAACCUACCCCUGCCGUUCUUAGCAACAAUAAUCAGCAACAAGCCGAUCAGAGCAUCAAGAGUGCCUGGGACGAGCCCAUCUUCGACAUGUUGCCCUUCGCCUCAUCCACGCACCGCUAUCACAACUGCGGCGUCCCUUCCACCGGAAACUUUGGGAAAGGGCUGGUCAGCGUGAUGCAAAAUGAGAUUGCGUGUCUCAAAAAACAUGGAACCUUACCGGAAGGGAUUUGGGUGCGGUGUUACGAGAAUCGAAUGGACUUGAUUUCCGCCUUCAUGGUUGGACCCACCGACACGCCAUAUGAAGACGGGAUCUUCAUGUUUGACCUCCAAGUGACGGAUAAGUUUCCAUCCUCACCGCCCAAAAUCCAUUACGUUUCAUACUCCUAUGAACUCAGCCCGACCAUGGCGUGGGAUGGAAAUUUCUGCACAUCUGCGUUGAAUUGGAAACGAGAAGCUAUUAAUGAUGACGAGUCUUACAUUGCUUACUGCUUGAAGAAAAUGCAGGCCCUCAUCUUCUCUCCGGAACCACUUAUGAACGGACCGAGAGAGUUUAUCGAUGCGAAAAAUUCAAGAAAACCUGAACUUUCAAAGUUGUAUAAUGAAUUCGUCGUACUUCGAGUGCUGGACAGCGCGUGGAACAUGAUUCAUCGUCCAUACGAUCCGUGGACAGACUUGAUUAAGACCCAUUUCGCGUCGGUUCUUCCCGAAAAACUUGCCAUCUGCGAAGAAUGGUCCAAUUCCUCCAUCCCUCACGUAUACGAGCCCAAGUACUCCUUGCUCCCAGCAUCGGCCGGAUUCCAUGAAGCGCUAGCCUUUCGUGUCCGAAAUUUCCAAAAUAUUUCUCUCAAUCUGGUUCCGAUUCGGGCUAUUCCAUCAAAAAUGAAGCACUCUGUCAUCGACGUGACUGCAGAUUCUGAAUCCAUCCCCGUCAUCCUUCCUGAGGGCAGCCAAGGGAUCACAAUCGAGCUGGUGGACCCAGCCCCGCAGAAUGCAAAUGAUGAAAUUGCCUUCGCCUUGGGACCCUCAACUUCGGUGCAUCAUCCGGAUCCAGAGUCCCCCAUUCCAAGCAUCGGACUCACCUUGCCACAAACGUUUGACUCUGAAAAGAACAUUAUUAACAAGAACAAAGACAAAAAGAAGAUGAAGAAGGGCAAGAUUUUGCCAGGAUUUGGAAGUGGAAACGAUACAACCACUUCUGAAGUUACAACUUCCGGUGGAGAAGAAUCAGAACAGGACGUUGCAAAAGUGGAGAAAGCAAAGGAUGAUGACAUCGCUGGAUACGCAGGUACUGAAGAGGACAUCUCGGUCAAUGAAUAAUUCGAUGGUAUCUUGAAUUGAAUGUGACAUCGUUUUUAAAAUUAUUAUACAAAAUUCUAUUCUUCACUAAAUAUGAUCGUAUAAUCAUCAUUCAUUUGUAUCAAUAGUAAUAAACCGGUAGAUAUUUUCUAAAAUUUCUUCAUCUAAGGCCACACGAGUAGUGUUACCCCUUUGGUUGACGAAUAAUUAUUUUCAGCUUACUCGACAUUAAUCGAAUCAAAAUCCUGCCUCAAUUUUACGAGUUGAAUAAAAAAAAAAUAGCGAUAGGAAAGGAUAGCAUAAUCAGUGAUUAUUAAUCACAACAAUCCACUUGAUUGCUUAUUGGAGUUUCAGAAUCAGUCACAAUGAUAAAUGAAUCACCGAGAAUGAAAACAUAUUUGUAAUUGAAGUUUGCAAUUAAAUUUAUUACGAUAAAUUACGAGUUUUAUUUUUCGGGCAUGUUGCAUGGACAUGUGUCGGUUUAUGGAGGCGGAAGCCAAAGGAAAAAAGGAAAAUUAUUCUGAAAAAUAAAUUAUGAUUCCCAAAGAAAAGAUUA